CAAAAACAGUCGUGAUAAAAGUCACGUGCUCAUUCCGUCAUUUCGCAUUGGUGGGCUUAAUUUGAUUCAGGUUUCCACCAAUGCCCGCCAAUGUUUUGGACAAGGUAGGGCAGAGGUCACCUUGAAGCUGAAAAUUUGAGAUUAUUUUGAAUUUCGCCAAGAACCAAUAUAGUGUCUGUAUAUUUUGGCUGCUUUCGUUGACGAUACAAAUUCAGGCUAAACAUGACAGAAGCAGAGAGUUCAAAAUUUAUAGAACGUGGUGCUCAUAAGGGCAAGGGCAUCGCGGUUUUCACAAGUGGAGGUGACUCUCAGGGGAUGAAUGCAGCCGUAAGGGCUGUGGUUCGUAUGGGCAUAUAUCUGGGAUGUAAAGUGUAUUUUAUCAGAGAGGGAUAUCAAGGUAUGGUAGAUGGAGGGGACAACAUUGUUGAAGCGAAUUGGUCGUCAGUGAGCUGUAUUAUUCACAAAGGUGGCACUAUAAUUGGUUCUGCAAGAUGUAAAGAUUUUAGAGAACGCGCAGGUCGACUGAAAGCAGCCAAAAACCUCGUAGAUAACGGCAUUACCAACCUCGUGGUGAUAGGAGGUGACGGCAGUUUGACAGGUGCCGAUCUUUUUAGACAAGAGUGGUCAUCCCUAUUGGAUGAACUGCUCAAGAACAACCAGAUCACCACCGAACAACGGGAGAAAUACAAGUCACUGCAGAUUGCCGGACUUGUCGGGUCCAUUGAUAAUGAUUUUUGUGGGACUGACAUGACUAUUGGAACUGACAGCGCCUUACACAGAAUUAUUGAAGCAAUAGACGCCAUCGUGAGUACUGCAUAUUCCCAUCAAAGGACAUUUAUUAUGGAGGUCAUGGGGAGACAUUGUGGCUAUCUAGCUCUCGUAGCCGCUUUGACAGGCGAGGCCGACUAUGUUUUCAUACCGGAAUGGCCUGCUGAUCCGCAUUGGCCUGAGAUGCUUUGUAAGAAAAUUUUGCAGGAAAGGAACUCUGGUCAACGUUUGAACAUCAUAAUAGUGUCAGAAGGAGCUAUCGACAGAAAUGGUGAUCCUAUCACAGCAGAACAAGUGAAAAAGGUUGUGGUGGACAACCUUCAUCAGGAUACUAGGAUUACUGUUCUGGGUCACGUACAACGAGGUGGCAAUCCUUCUGCUUUUGACAGAAUUCUGGGUUGCAGAAUGGGGGCAGAGGCAGUAAUGGCGCUGAUGGAAGCCGAUGAGAAUACCGAGCCUUGCGUCAUCUCACUAGACGGUAAUCAAGCUGUCAGAGUACCUCUUAUGGAAUGUGUCAAACAAACCAAGGCUGUAGCUCAGGCUAUGGCGGACAAGCAGUGGGAGAAAGCGGUAUCUCUAAGAGGCAAGUCAUUUAUGAGAAAUUUGGAAACGUACAAGUUACUGACCCGUUUGAAGCCACCAAAGGACGCUUUUGAUGCUGAGGGUCAUGGCAAGAGCCACAGUCUUUCAAGCAUAUCCGUUCCUUCUGGGGAAGGCUACGUAUUAGCAGUGAUGCACAUCGGAGCUCCAGCUUGCGGCAUGAAUGCAGCUGUGAGAUCUUUCGUCAGGAACUGCAUAUACAGGGGGGACACGGUGCUUGGUAUCCAGGAUGGUAUCGAGGGGCUGAUCGCUGGCAGUAUCAAGAAUCUAAGUUGGUCCGACGUGACGGGCUGGGUAAGUCACGGUGGCGCCUACUUGGGCACAAAGCGAACCCUUCCUGGAAGUCGUUUAGGUCUAAUUGCGUCCAGGUUGCAGGAGUUCAAAAUCCAGGGACUGCUCAUCAUUGGUGGAUUUGAGGCCUUCCAAGCGGCCAUCGAUCUUAUGGAAGGCCGCCAAGAGCAUCAAGCUUUCCGUAUCCCCAUCAUGGUCAUCCCCUCCACCAUAAGCAACAACGUACCCGGUACUGAGUUUUCUCUAGGCUGCGACACGGCGUUGAACGCCAUCACUGACAUUUGUGACAGGAUCAGGCAGUCCGCUCAGGGUACCAAGCGUAGGGUGUUCGUCGUUGAGACUAUGGGCGGAUAUUGUGGAUACCUGGCAACGUUGGCAGGUUUGGCCGGCGGAGCAGACGCAGCUUACAUCCACGAAGAAAAAUUCACAAUCAAAGACCUGCAACAAGAUGUCUACCACAUGGCGACCAAAAUGUCUGAAGGCGUACAACGUGGUCUGAUUCUGAGAAACGAAAACGCGUCCGAAAACUACAAUACUGAUUUCAUCUACAGGUUGUACUCUGAAGAAGGAAAAGGAUUGUUCAGUGCCAGGAUGAACGUUCUAGGUCACAUGCAACAAGGUGAUUCGCCAACUCCAUUCGAUCGUAACUUGGGUACCAAAAUGGCUUCUAAAGCGGUAGACUGGAUGGUUUGCCAGCUGAAGAACAACAUGGACAAAGAUGGCAACGUCAACUGUACGGAUCCAAAUACGGCGUGUCUCCUUGGCAUCGUGAAGAGGCAGUAUAAGUGCACGAGUUUGGCUGAGCUGAAGGCACAAACUAACUUCAACCAAAGGAUCCCGAAAGAGCAAUGGUGGCUGAAACUAAGGCCGUUGCUGCGUAUCCUGGCGAAGCACGACUCCACCUACGAGGAAGAAGGCAUGUAUAUGACAAUAGAGGAAAGGGUUAACGCAGACCCGCUCUACGGUUAACAGGAUUGACCGCAUCGGGCGUCGCGCGGUCUCGAAUAGCACAGAUAUUUUUACAUAAUACGAUUAUUAUAAUAGGACAGACCUCGGAGUUGCAACUAAAAACAUAGAUGGGAUGAAGGAAAAAGAAUCUGUUGCGUCGAAAUAUCCGUAGUAAUUGACGGUUUCUCCUCUUCCCUUGACCCGCAGCAUCAAAGCUGCACGAUCAAUCUCAUCCACAGCUUUGUCGAUGACAGCACUCAACACUCAGGCAUUCAGUGUGACAAGCCGAUAUCCGCUGAUAAACUGGUGAGAAGAAGACUAGUAGCGACUUCCUCUCUGACGAUAAACCAGGAAGUUAUCGCCGCUUGGGGUCGCAACAAUCUGGUACAGUUGAAUGCUUCCAAAACACAGUACGCUACCAUCAAUGUUCGAUGAAUGGUCAAGUUCUGCCAAACAGCCAGUCAUUUUGGCUGGUCGGAGUCCAGAUCAACGAAGGCUUAAUGUGGCAUGAACACAUCUCGUCAAUCGCAACAUCUGCGGCUAGCAGUAUUAGUAAUGGCAGGGAGGCGAAGCCAGGCCAUUUCUGCCGCCCCCAAUUGCACCAACACUCUAGUUCACUAAUCUGUCGAAUCUUCCUGAUCUCUUAAUAGAGGUCAGGAUGCCCGAUUAAAGCAACUUCACCAGCAAAGUCCAUCGUCUCGAAUAUCUUAGCCCUUGGACUGCAAUAUACGGGGCAAUAUCCCAGGGAUAAGUGUCUGUUCAGUCUGCAGUGGACAGUAAGAACCCAAAGCCCUGUUUGUACAGCUGUCGCCAACUUGUCAGUGAUCGUGUCCAAGACCCCGACACACAAAUUCUGCUACACUAUAUAGACGUAAUUCAUACUGCCGGAUCUCAGACACAGUCACCGACCACUGUGCGAACAAACCGCAAAAGUUGAGCGAUUCUAUUCCUCUGUCCAGUAGCCAGCCUUUCCGACCUUUGUUGCGGCUCGAUAUAAACCUUUUGGCCUGUCUGCAGUUAUCUCUCUCUCGCUACGCCUUUCCCAGGUCCCUAACACCCAUUGAUUCAGGACGGUGUUGACCUGGCUCCUGCUUAUGUCAGGAUCGAUAUAGGUGCUCCUGAGCUCCAGCCUAGCCAGGCGAUCAGCUUUCUCGUCGUAUAAAGCCAGUGCAGGACUUUUGGUUUUAGUCCUGCCGACUACCUGACGCGUCUGCCAUGUGAUACUCGUAGCUAUCGACUUCUCGUAGAUAUGGUCGACAUGCUGCUUCAAUCACAAUUUACAAUACAGCGCCAGGCCCAGGUAUUUUACUUCUUGACCGAGAGUCAGUGGUCACCGUGGAUGGUGGUAGAUAGACAUCUUUUAUCUUCCGUCUCUUGAUGAAGAGGACCAGUCAGUCUUAGAAGGAUUGACUGAGAGCCCUGUCUUCACACACCAAGUUCGUAAAUAUUGCAGAUUGUGGAACAGUUUUUUCCAGUUCUGCUAACCUUCAUUCGACUUCGCUGUAUUGAGAGAUUACUCAUAACUGUUAAAAUCUGUUUGACAUUCAUCCAUGAAUUUCUUCAUGAACUGAGUUCAUGUAAACAGGAACUUGAAGUCAAAUGCGUGUUUAAACUACUCCGUGGAUUUCUUCAAGCAAUUAGAUAGACGUUUAUUUUUAGUAUGAUCUACUAAACUGUUUUUACUUCUUUAUUCUAUGUUUAGUUGUACUCCAUAUAGGGGUCUAAUGUGAUUUUUUCUGGAAACAUAUUUAUUGUUUUUUUUUUGUUUACACUCAUUUUUCCGCUUUACUCGUGCGCGCUACGUUGAUUUUUAGUAUUAUUUAAUAAUAGUGAUUUUGAAACAAACGUAUAUUAUUGAUAUUGUGUAACCGAGAUUAUAUAACUAUUUUGAAACAAGA